AUGAGGUAAGGAAGAAGAAGGUUGCUGCUUCAUUUACACGGAAAACCUAAACUUUCUCUAUGUGGUCUACUCCAAAAUGCAAUAAAUUUUAGUCAUCCCCUCUCCCCUUGUCAUCUUUUCGCUCAUCUUCAAUGUCCGACGAGGUAUCUUCCAGACAUUCGUGCCUCAUUCCUUCUCCAGCUGUUCCUACGCAACCAUGUGUUUCCAUCAAACUAUUUCCACCCUUCGCCGAAUUCAUCGACUUUGGCGGAGCGUCCAGGCAUGCUCUCACUAAUGAUGGAACUUGUCGGAUUGUUUUUAAGGUCAAAUGUUCCAACAACGUCGUAUUCAAAGUCUCUCCCGUUCAUGGCUUUCUCGAUCCUGGCAAAACUUUAGAACUUCAGGUUUAAAUCCUAAUUUAAGAAAGUUUCACGGCAAACACUGAAUGCUGAACUACUCUUUUUCUCUCAAUCACUAUAUCGCCUCAAUUACUAUAUUGCCUCAACUACUCCCUUUCUCCUAUAUCUCAACUACUUCACCACCUCAAUCACUACAAAAAAAACAAAUAAACAGAGGGACAGAGUCUUCAAGACUUUUAUUAAUAAGAAUGAGUCUUACUAGGGAAUGGCCCGCACUUACCUUAGGCUUUUGGAAUGGGACCUAUAUGAUUGGAAAGAUAAUUUCCCGGAGAAUCCGAAUCUGCUCUCCAUUUUUGCUAAAGAGCACUGGCUGGCGAGAAAGUCUGCCUGUUUCUGCUACAUUUUCUAGCAAGUUCAUCUUCGGCGACCUGUAUCUCAAGAACCACGCGUCCGUUGCAAAAGUGGUCAACUAGUAAGUUAACGCAAAUUAUCUCGUGAAUAACUUUGUAGUUGAUUGUCUAUUUUUAAAAAAAUUAUUUUCCGAGUUAUGAACUGUUUUCCUAGAGCGACAAGAAAAAAGCGACGAUAACUCGAAAACUAAUUUUUUUUAAAUAGAUGAUCAACUACAAAGUUAUUCACGAGAUAACUUGCGUUAACUUACUAGUUGACCACUUUUGCAACGGACGCGUGGUUCUUGAGAUACAGGUCGCCGAAGAUGAACUUGCUAGAAAAUGUAGCAGAAACAGGCAGACUUUCUCGCCAGCCAGUGCUCUUUAGCAAAAAUGGAGAGCAGAUUCGGAUUCUCCGUGAAAUUCUCUUUCGAAUCAUAUAGGUCCCAUUUCAAAAGCCCAAGGUAAUUGCGGGCCAUUCCCUAGUUAGACAUUUUUAGACUUUAUUAGAUGUGAGUGAGUUCUAAUUAAAUCGCAAUCCAUUCAUCAGAGUAACUCUGGCAAUUCGAUAUUAAUCUAAUUAGAAAGUUACUGAUCUAAACGCGACCUAAUUAGAUUGGACUGUUUUUUCUUGGCGCAAUCGAGAUUUGAGCCAGCAGACGGUUGGCGUGAAACUUGAUUUGAGCACAUAUCAAUCUAAUUAGAAGAUUUAUUAAUCUAGCUAGACAAUUUAUUAAUCUAAUUAGGUGUCAUAUCAAUCUUAUUAGGCCGCCGUAUAACUCGAGUAGACUACGAUUAGAUUAAUAACGAAAUGCCAGAGUAAGAUGAUUUUCACAAAACUUAAAAAAUGCUCAGAUUCUUCGAAGAGAAGGCCCACCACAACAUGACAAGUUGGUUAUUCUUCUCAAACAAGCAAACAAACUAGACAAAGAUGCACGGCUAUCGUUCACGGAAUCAUCCCAUGCCACACACAAACAUAUUUUACCACUAUUGACGGUUUGUUAAUUUUAGAUACUAAAAUCGUUUUUCUUCGUUUUUAUUUCAGCGGAUUGUCAAUGAACAGUAA